GCCGACAGACUCCGGGUCGAGGGGGAGUGACCGGCCAGGGCGCGGAGCCCGGCUGCCGGCCUUCCUGGGUUCAGGCGAUAGUCCCGGCGCCCUGGGACCCUCCCAGGCGACCACCCUCCCAGCGGGGACACCCCGCCCCUCCGCUGCCUGCAGCCUCCUCAGGCCUCCCGCCCUUUGUCGCUCGUGCACCUGCGCUCUCGCCCUGCCUCUCGCUCCCCUCAGGGCGGACCCUCGCCCAGCCUCCCUUUCAGGACCCGGCACCAAAUUAGCCUCGCUCCUUCAGACCCCCUCUGUCCCCUUUGUCGUCUGUACACCUGUCACCUCAACUCUGUGUGCAUCCACCCACCUCCCCGCCCCCAGCGGCGUCAUCUGAAUACAGCCCAGGCCGCCUCCCACUCCCUCCCGGGGCUCCUCCCCUGCUGCCCCGUAGCCCACACCUGCCCCGAGGCCCCAGCCCGAGGCCCUCCCCGUCCGUGCGCCUUUGUUAUCUCUGCAGCUGUCCCCUCCACUCUUCAUCCUUCUCCCCCAGUGAGGCCAGACCCCAGCCCAGACUCCCUGUCCUUCUGAGCGGAGAGACGCCCCUCCCCAGCUCUGCCCUGGCAUCCUGGGGACGAGGCCAGCUGGCUUCCACUCGGCCUAGCCACUUUCCUGCCUCUUCCGGCGGGUCCAGUCUCCCCUGGUGCCUGCGCACGUCCUCAUCUAAUCUCUUUCCCUCCUGCGCUCCUCUCCUAGCCCCCCCGGCCUCAGCUUACUCUACCCGCUCAUUCUUUCCUCCCCGCACAGGUGCCCCGGAGAGGCCAUGGAGCUGAGCAGCAAGAAGAAGCUUCACGCCUGUCCCUGGCCGAGAAGUCAGGUGCUGGAACUUCUGGAUGAGUCCAAGAUGUCCCAGUCGGAGGUGGCCCGGCGCUUCCAGGUUUCCCAGCCCCAGAUCUCGCGCAUCUGCAAGAAUAAGGAGAAGCUGCUGGCGGACUGGUGCAGCGGCACAGCCAACCGAGAGCGCAAGCGCAAGCGGGAGUCCAAGUACAGCGGGAUCGACGAGGCUCUGCUCUGCUGGUACCACAUUGCCCGGGCCAAGGCCUGGGACGUGACGGGGCCCAUGCUGCUCCACAAAGCCAAGGAGCUGGCCGAUAAUGGGCAGGACUUCGUGCCCAGCAUCGGCUGGCUGGUCCGCUGGAAACGCCGAAACAACGUCGGCUUUGGGGCCCGCCAUGUUCUUGCUCCUUUUCCCCCUGAGCCACCUCCCCCAGGCCUCACAUCCCAGGCUCAGCUGCCUCUUUCCCUAAAAGACUUCUCUCCAGAGGACGUGUUUGGCUGUGCUGAAUUGCCCUUACUGUAUCGGGCAGUGCCUGGCAAUUUGGGUGCAUGUGAUCAAGUACAGGUGCUGCUGUGUGCCAACAGCAGGGGCACUGAGAAGCGGCGAGUAUUGCUGGGGGGGCUCCAGGCUGCCCCGAGAUGCUUCUUUGGGGUCCGCAGUGAGGCUCCUGCCUCCUACCACCCUGACCUGGGCGUCCCCUGGUUAGAGUGGUUGGCACAGUUUGACCGGGACAUGGGACAGCAGGGCCGACAGGUGGCUUUGCUGCUGGCUGCCCGAGUGGUGGAGGGACUGGCAGGCCUGCCUGGGCUCUACCACGUGAAGCUCUUGCCUCUGGCCGCCUCUAGCACCACGCCUCCCCUGCCCAGCUCAGUGGUCUGGGCCUUUAAGGCCCAUUACCGACACCGGCUGUUGAGCAAACUGGCUGCCAUCCAAAGCGACAGGGAUGGCACCUCGCUGGCUGAGGCCGCGGCGGGCAUCACCGUGCUGGACGCCUUGCACGUGGCGUCUGCCGCCUGGGCCAAGGUGCCGCCUCAGCAUUUCAGCAGCUUCGUUCAGGAAGGGCUGGCUCCCGGCAACGCCCCCGUCUCGCACAAAGCCUCUGAGAUGCCACCAGUUCCCGGCGGGCUGAGCCUAGAGGAGUUUUCCCGCUUUGUGGACCUGGAGGGUGAGGAGCCAGGGCCUGGAGUGUGUAAAGAGGAGACAGGCACCGAAGACGAGGAGAGGGACAGAGAGGGUGCCUUUGAGCCCCCGCCCACGAAAGCUGAUGCCCUCCAGGCCCUGGGCACCUUGAGGAGGUGGUUUGAGUGCAACAGCACUUCUCCUGAGCUGUUUGAAAAAUUCUACGACUGUGAGGAGGAGGUGGAGCGGCUUUGCUGCCUAUGAAGGCACCUUUGCUGCUUGCCAGAGCCCCUCCUCUCCUGUUUCCCAUGGAAACGGCCUCUCAGAAGGCAGAUCCGGGCUGUCUCUUUCCUGUGGAAAUAGAACUGUCAUAAAGGUGUAGAAGGGAGAGAAGUUGGGACACCAAGUCUGAGCGUGGAGUGGCAGUCGUCCAAGCCCCAGAAGAGAGCUCUAAAGAUGGGGCUUCAAGGGUAGGAAUCCAGGCUACUUAGUUUCCUUGCUUGAAAGUUAUAGAGCCUUAGAAAGGGAGUUAGUCUAGAGGCGGGCGCUUAGAAAGCUGGAGUGUGGGCUUUUGGACAGACUUCUUCCUUGAACUCUGUUAAAAACAGUUCUGCUUCUGGAAAUAAGUUUUAAUCAGAUAA